UCAUCCCCCCGAAACAAACCAAAGGCUCACAAAAACUCCAUAAAAAUCCCACAUUUUUCUGUUCCUAUCCUCUCUUUCUUCCCAAUUUCCACCAAUUUCAACCAAUUUUCUCAUCUGGGUCCUUCACCUUCCUCAAUUCCCUGGUCCGGGCCCUCCCGGGUUUUCCCCCGAUCCAGCCAAUGCCUCUCUAAAUCCAAUCCUCAAUGGGUUGCGCAUCCUCAAAAGCUGCAGUCUCAUCGACCCCACCUUUUGAUUCCAACCGAGUUUUAGGAAAUCUCGAAGGUGGAUUGUCGAGGGAAAUCUUGGCGGGCUCUCUGUGGAAUGGGGUUAGUAAUGAUAAAAUUGAGUCGGGGGAAUCGAGGAAGGUGAGCUCUGUUAAUGGUUCCUCAAACCUGCAUAGUUUCCGAUUGGGGAAUCUUUAUCGGUAUAUUGAAGGAGAGCAGGCUGCAGCUGGGUGGCCCACUUGGCUCAGUAACGUGGCGAAGGAGGCUAUUCAUGGGUGGGUGCCUCUUAAAGCCGAGUCCUAUGAGAAAUUGGAGAAGAUUGGACAAGGCACGUAUAGCAGUGUGUUCAAAGCUCGUGAUCUUGACACAGGAAAGAUUGUUGCUCUCAAGAAGGUGCGAUUUGACAAUUAUGAACCAGAGAGUGUCAGGUUUAUGGCUCGAGAAAUAAUGAUACUCCGCAGACUUAACCACCCAAAUGUCGUGAAACUGGAGGGAAUUAUUACUGCAAGGCUCUCAAGCAGUAUAUAUCUCGUAUUUGAAUAUAUGGAGCAUGAUCUUGCAGGAUUAUCAUCUGCACCUGACAUUAAGUUCAGUGCAUCACAGGUGAAAUGUUAUAUGCACCAAUUAUUAUCUGGACUUGAGCAUUGUCAUUCAAACGGUGUCAUGCAUCGUGAUAUCAAGUGUUCCAAUCUUCUAGUUAACAAUGAGGGGAUCUUAAAGAUGGCUGAUUUUGGACUCGCAAACUUCUUUAAAUCUGGUCGGAGCCGUCCACUGACUAGCCGUGUAGUGACUCUAUGGUAUCGUCCACCUGAGCUUUUGCUGGGUUCAACCAAUUAUGAACCUACGGUAGAUCUAUGGAGUGUUGGAUGCGUGUUCGCUGAACUUUUCCUUGGGAAGCCUAUAUUACAAGGAAGAACUGAGGUCGAGCAGAUACAUAAAAUCUUUAAGCUCUGUGGCUCUCCACCCGAGGACUAUUGGACGAAGAGCAAGUUGCCGCAUUCUGCAGUUUUUAAACCUCAUCAGUCAUAUUCAAAGUGCCUCCAUGACUCAUUUAACUAUUUACCAGAACCUACCUUCAAAUUGUUAGAAAAGUUCUUGUCCCUUGAACCUUAUAAGCGUGGAACUGCCAAAAGUGCUCUUUCCUCUGAGUAUUUCAAGUCAAAACCCUAUGCUUGUGAACCAUCAAGCUUGCCUAAAUAUUCACCUCACAAGGAGAUCGAUGCAAAGAUUCGUGAGGAAGCACAAAGGAAAAAGCCUGCUGCUGGUAGACAACGGGGAUUGGAAGUCUUGAGAAGACCUUCAAGAACUCAUAGCACAGGAAAUUCUGAUGGCCAAAGUAAAUUAACUGCUCAGGCAGAGGGUCCAUGGAUAAAAAACUGUGUCAGUGGAAAUAUCACAGAGAAAGAUUCUUCUAAAGAGAAUUCCGAAAGUAGACUAUUUGUCGAUCUGCAGCCAAAGCCAAUGAUUAACAUUCCAAAUGAGGAUCUUUAUUCAAAACACAAGAAAGAAGAAGGGCAUCCUUUCUCUGGACCAUUGAUCUCGUCUAAUGCUAGUGGACUUCUGUGGGCAGUGAAGCAGAAAGAAACCCAGUCUUUCAAUAGAUCACAAGCAAAUGGGAAUGCUGAGUGCCAUGAGGAUUCUAAAAUUAUCAAGCCUCAUGAAUCAGAAAAACAGGCUAUGUUGUCAAAAUGGAUACAACUUGACCAGCAUGACUCCAUCAACGGCUCUGCUGUCUUCCACCAUUGGGAUGUCAACGAGCGGUACAAGAGAAGUACAAAGUCAUCCAAGCACCAAUAUGUAGAACUGGAUUCCCAGCAUCAUUCAGAUAGAGUUGCUUUCUCGGGGCAGUUCCUAUCUCGCACAAAUAAUGUUGAUGAGCUUCUAGAAAAGCAUGAAAGACAUAUGCGCCAGGCAGUUCGGCGAUCGUGGCUCCGAAGAGGUUAAGCUACUUUUAACAUGGAGAUAGCAGUAAAGUAGUUGAAAGAGAAGCUCAAGAAUUCCAGAAGAAAAUAUCUCGAGCUCUAGCAAGUCUAGAUUUAGAACCAAGAUCUUACUCACUUGAUCCAAAGAUGUUCCAAACGUCAUACAUAAAUCUUUGAUAUCAAUAUAAGAUGUUCUUGUGAAACCCUUGACGAAUGAGUGAAUUCUGGGUGCAUUCUAAGA